GGGACAGCGAGGUUCGGGCGGGCGCUGCGGCACACGCACCACGGUGAGUAGGGGGACACGAUGCGGUGCUGCGCUGCGGUUUGGGCUGGGGGUGUCGGCUCCGGCCCAGCUGCUGCUGCUGGGCGGGGGGUGCCGCUCGGGCCCCUCCCUGCGGCCGGAGGAGCCGCCGGGGCCGGCUGGGUUAGGGGGGCGCCGUCUUUGUGCUUCGCGUGAGCUCGGCCCGGUGCCGGCGUGGCAGCUGCCCGCCCUCCGGGUAACGCUGGGCGGUGGUGCUGAGCUGCCGCCUCCCCGGGGCCGGGCCCGCCGCUUCCCCCGAAACAAUGGAGCCGAGGGCUCCCUGGGAAAGGGCUUCUCCGCCCAGCGCCUCGGGCACGGUGGCACGAAGGCCUUCCUCGGGCUGUGCGUUUCUCUAGGCCUGUGUGGGUGUUCUUGCUGUGAGAGGCCUGCGGUGGUCCUUCACGAAGCGGAGUGCAUUGUGUGUGGCAUGUGGCGUGCUGCGCUGCUCCUUGUCUGUGGGUAGGGCUGGGGGCCGGGGCUGCUCCCAAUGCUGGGCGUUGGGGGGUCAGGUGGUGGCUGUGCUUGAGGUGGAGGUGGGAGGGGGAAGAGGGUCCUGGGUGCUGCUUUAGAGACAAGCAGGCUGCCUAGGGAGCGAUUAAUGCUGCCAAACAGGAGGCUGGGAGGGCUGGCAGUUAUUGCGAAAGGAGCUCUCAGCAUGUGCAAAGCCUGACUCAAUUCUAAGGAGUAUGAGAGUGGAUGUUGGAAGUGCUUUUUACUCUGAGUGUAAUAAGGUAAAUUAAGUGAUGGAUGCAUUAUUAAUGCCCAGGUAUACUGAGGCUAAUAAACAUAGGAGUACUUAACCAUUGUAUUAAAGAGAAAUGUGCUUUCUUCCUUGUAAAUAGUGGAAUUCUUGCAGUAGUAAAGCAGUUAUUAAAAAAAAAAGUGCAGUAAUCUGAAGGAAGAGGGAUAACUGCAUCAGGAUGAGCAUGUCUUACCCAAUAGCUCUGAGAUCUUUGAGUAAAAACUGGAAUUCUCAACACUGCUUUCCUGCAAGCUAAAAAUACUUGCUGAUAAGCAGAGCUGUUGAGAUGUAUAUUGUUUUUUUUAUGAGUAAACUGAGAACACAUGAUAGAACAAAGUCCUCCCAACUGUAAGCAAGCUGUUCUUUGUUUGAUAAUUAUGAAUUGGAAAUGUUAAAGCUCCCAGCACCUGGCUGGCUAGCUCUGACCUCUGCCUAGCACACCUUUUGGUGUGGGCUUAGUGCUGGGGAAGUGGGAGUUUCCUUUGGUAGUGGUAUAUAACCAGCUGUACGCAGUGCUUGGCUGUGAUUUCAAGGCUCCCUUGUGGCUGUUUUGUGUGGGAUCAGUGGUGGUACUAGUGAUGUCUGAUAGAGGCUGCAGCCCUGCUUUGCCUCCGGCUGGGCUGCCGAAGUGAAUGUACUCUGCACUUAGAAGAUUUGAGGUUGUGUUGGGUGGAGUCGUUUGAAUAUUCCUUGUUUAAUAAUCAGAGCUUCAUUGCUGUACUUCUUCAGGAAGAACAAGUAUACUUGUCUCUUUUUCCCCCUCUCCUUGUGACUUCCAACAGCUGACUGAACACAUGACUUGCUCUCCAUGAACUAAUGAGCAGGCUCACUAUGCCUGAGUCCUUAGAACCUAAAGUAGCUCUAAUACUGCCACUUCAAAGUGUUGCCCUUUCUUUUCUGUACUGUUAUGCUAAUAUUCCUGUGAGAUGGGGGUUAAUCUGACCCCUCAAUAGGGAAAACUCUGAAAAAUCCACUAGCAAUUUCUCACUUUCUUAACCUGCAGCAUGAAGUAUAACUGGUAAGGUCUGAAAUCCAUUUAAUUAAACUUUCUUUUUGCCUGUGGUGUCAUGCAGUGGCCAGUGUCCUCAAAUACUCUAUUAAUAGUUCAGAAUGGCACACUGAGACUUACACCUUGAAAUGGAAAGGUGCCAAGGUAAAAGCUUAAAUAACUGUUGCAGUGACUGUCCUACGGUCAUCCUUUCCCUUCUGCCAAAUUCAGUGCAUCAACGACUACCCAGAGCAGCACAGAUGCGUUGUGAUGCAAGUGAACCCUGAAUUGUAAAUGGAAAGCAUACAAACUCUGCUAUUGGAUCUCUCCUGAGUUUUAUAUGGGGAAAAUAACAUUCUCCUUCAUUUUCUACCCAAAACUAACAUCUGGGGGCAAGAGGUUUACCAGAUUGAAUUUCUGAAGCAUCAUCUUGAAGCUACUUUUCUAAGGCUGUUGACUUGGAAGGUCAUGCGAAUUACCUGUCAGAGCAGAUCUCUGGCAAAGCUUUUCCUUGAGGAAGCAUGACAAUUAAGACGAAACCAUCUGUGCAAAACUAUAUAUAGCUUUGUUUCUAACAUGUAUGAGAUUUUUAGUUUGACUUCUCUGCAAAAAUGAGACUAGCUUAUGUGGAACUUAACAUUUGACUGGAAACAAAACUGCUUGUGCUGGAUUAGGAUGUUCUUUCAAAUGUUUCAUCCAGAGAUGGGUGCUUGGUGAGCCUGGCCUUAGGAACGAAGGCUGUGCAAUAAGGCACGGGGAUGUUUGCAUUUCUGAAUGAGCUUAGAGUGCCUGGGCUCACAGAUGUUUGCUGGCCCUCCUGUUGUAGCAUACCAAUUUCUUUAGUAACAGAAGUAAACUGAGUGUGCAAAACGAGAGAGUUUGGUGCUUACCAGUGUUCUCUGCUUCCUGGGCUUCUCUGUGGCUGUGACCUGACCUGCUCUGAAGCACUUACUGCUAGGCUUGCUUGUACCGAGAUCCUCUUGGUAGAAGGGGAUGCAGAUGAAAAUGAACUUGAGUGCUGAACUAGACUGAGCGCUAGUAUGUUCAUGCCUUGUGUGCUGCUCAUCUGACAGCAAUCCAGCAUCCUGCAGAUACUGAAGCACUUCUUUGUACAGCAUUGUUUUGAUAAUUGCAGUUUGAUUGCCUGUUGGAGCUGGGUUGACUUCCCCCUGCAGCCUUCCAAAAUGAUGUCCUGCAGUUGCUGUGUAGCAGUCUGCCUUCAGACAUAGACAAGUUGUGCUGCUAGAUUGUGAAGAUAAAAGGUUGCUUUCUGCAGUAAAGGCCCAAACAUGGGCUCUACUUCUCAAAACAGGAUCAAGCAUGGUAACAACUAGAAUGAUGAUAGCUAAUAUACCAUUUGCAGUUUUACAGUUAGCUGCUUGAUUAAAAGGCAUACUUCCCUUUAAAUGCAAUUUGUAUAAAACUUCCAAAUGAGUGCCCAAGGUCAGUGCCUUCAGUUGUGCUGUUCAGAAAUAGUAGGCAGUGAAGGGAUGCUCCUCUAUCACAUGGCUGCAGCUAGCUUCCAGUAUGCUUGUUUCUCCUGCUGCAUCCCCACAAACGGAGCGUGCUUGAGCUCUGCAUGCAUGUUGCUGCAUUUUCUGCUUGCUGGAGAUCUGCUGUGAUGAUGUCAUUGUUGCUGUUAGUGCUGCUCCUGCGAGACUGCUCCUCCUUCCUGGUGCUGGUGCCAGAGCCAGCGCUCCAUGCAUGAGAAAGCUGUGUCAACACUGCUGUUGCUAACUCAUGGUCGGUCAGUGACAGAGGGGAACAAGCUUGUCUGGGACACGGAAGUGUGUUGACUUACAGCUGAUCUCAAAUAGCCUUGACAUCUCUCACUGGGAAACCUGUUUUGAGGGCAUGACUAUUCUCACAGGGCAGUGAAGCUUCAGAAAGGGUGCGUUGCACUUGAGAUGGAUUGAAAUGUAAACUUGUGCCAAGAAUCCUAUUUGUGCAGUUUGAAAGCACUUGAGGUAGUGAGUGAUUUGCCCUCUUGCCCAUCCAGAACUAUCACCUGAAGCUGACAUUUCUAUAUCUAACUGUGCUUGCUUGAGUUUCAAGCAGAAAUUCCUAAAAUAAAUGGAUGGAUCUUUAUGUAGUUAUUGAAGGAAAACUCCUUCUGGAGCCUGUCCUAGCUCACUGCAUGUUGCAGCUUUGAUCACUUGGCAGACUAGCUGGACUAGUUAAGCAGUGGGUGAAAGUGAAGGCAGAUAGCUGGAGCUUCCCUUUGGAGGCUUCCUGGCCGUGGAGUACCUGGACCUCGAUUGCUGGGGCUGCCAGUCUUAUCUAAUGAGUCCUUAGCAAACACUGAGUCUCUUUGCUGGAAGUAGCUUGAAUGGUAGCCUGCUUGGUGUUCCUCUCCUUCAAGUGGGCUGAGUCACUUGGCUCUGUAGGUUUCUCCUCCACUUGACUCCCAGAUACUGAUAAUGUAUCUGAACUGCAAUCUGGCACUGUGAUAAUAUUGGCUUGAGCAUGAGUGGUGAGACAGCUGCAACUAAGGCAUCCCUAGCUCUGAUCUUCCCUUUAGCAAGAAGAUGUACUUUACCAGUGCUGCCUUCUGAAUAACACCAUGCAAGUUGCUUCAGUGAGAAUAAGAAUAACUGAGCUGGUAAAUGUUGCUGGAGCUGUGCAAGAGGGGGAGUAAGGUGCAAAGCAUGAGCCUGAAACAAUCUCCACAGUAGGAAUUCCUUGUUAGGCAUUGACUCAGCUGUCGUGGUAAGCUGUUUCCCUCCCAUCCUGGGACUGUAAUACUGGUCCUUCCUGCUCGGCAAACUGUGUUAGCAUAGUAAGAGGUAUUGAGCAGAAGUCCUGAUCCUACUCAUACUCACAGACCCAGGUGUAGUUCUUAGAUUGCAGUGUGUCUCUAGAAGAAGCCACCUGUCUUUAAGCAGGCACAUUCUUGAGAAUAAGACUUCCUGAAAUAAGAGGAAGGGUGUUGCUGUUAAUGCUGGUUUUGUAGUGCUUCACAUUUGCAUGUAUGGGAUUGGAUCUCCUAUCAGUAUUUGUCCUGUCCCACUUGCUAGGAUUCUGGUGCUAAAGCAGAACAGCUCUGAGGUGUAUAGUCUUGCAGCCAUUUCUCAUGCUAUUGUUUGUGACUCGAGUGCCUGAACCUUUGUUGAAGUCUUCUCAGUUACUUGUUUCCUGCCCAGCCUCUAGGAACUGGGAAAACUAGCAGCCGGGAGUAGAUAAAAUAAGGCUUGUUUACCAAUGGCAAGGUCUAAGAUCUGUUUUGCUUACCGCUGCAAAGGUUAUCUAACACCUCCUGUCUGUGUUUCUAAAACUAAAAGCAUGAUAGGAAUGUGUAAAAUCUUAGCAAGCUGGAGACAAAACUAGAAAUUAAUGCCAGUACUUGAAAAAAAAUCAUUGGGUAUGGUAGAGACUUGACAACUUCACUGUUUCUUAGUGGCCUGACAAACCUGCAGCAUUUUUGAACUGGUCAGGCUUAUCUACUGGUUAUCUUCUGGAUUAUAAGCCAGCUGUUUCUGUCUCACUAACUUGGGGACCAUGCUGGGCUUUCAGUAUCCAUUUAGAGGUUCCUGAAACUUGUUUGGUUUCACCACUGAGGUGGCUGUGCGCCACCAAGCCGGCAGCCACGGCUGUGUGAUCCACACUCUAUGGGCACCAUACCACGUUUCAGCUGUAUAAGGUUUGUGUUGCUUGCUUUGGCAGGUCUCCAUCAAGGAUGUUCUGGUAGAGGCAUGGCAACAUGGAAGCUACACUGGUACAGCUAAAGUGCUUUGUGUAGGCAAGGCCCUUAGUCAGGACACAUGGCUUGCUGCCUAGUGUCUCCCAGCAGCCAGUGAAUGUGCUCAGCUCUCCUCCCACAUCCUGAGAUUGUCUCCCCCAGGGCAGAAUAGGGGAAGUUGAGCUCGCUUUAAUAAAGGGGGAGGGGUGUUAAAGCAAGCAUGCCUGCUCUUGUAACAGCCUUAUCCCUGGGGAGGAUUGGAGUUAGCUGGGAACUACCUGAAAUCCUGAGGGAUUUGGAGUGCUGCUUCCUUCUAGGAGUUUAAAAGAUGACUUCUAGGAAGAAAGUGUUACUGAAAGUCAUCAUCCUCGGAGACUCUGGGGUGGGGAAGACAUCACUCAUGAACCAGUAUGUGAACAAGAAAUUUAGUAACCAGUACAAGGCUACGAUAGGUGCAGACUUCCUGACAAAAGAGGUCAUGGUGGAUGACAGGCUAGUGACAAUGCAGAUAUGGGAUACAGCAGGCCAAGAACGAUUCCAGUCUCUGGGAGUUGCCUUCUACAGGGGAGCAGACUGCUGUGUGCUGGUGUUUGAUGUCACGGCCCCUAACACAUUCAAAACCCUUGACAGCUGGAGGGACGAGUUUCUCAUUCAGGCCAGUCCAAGGGAUCCUGAGAACUUUCCCUUUGUUGUCCUGGGAAACAAGAUCGACCUAGAAAACAGACAAGUCACCACAAAACGGGCACAAGCCUGGUGCUACAGUAAAAACAACAUCCCCUACUUUGAAACCAGUGCCAAGGAGGCCAUUAACGUGGAACAAGCUUUCCAGACGAUUGCACGAAAUGCACUUAAACAGGAAACCGAAGUGGAGCUUUACAACGAAUUCCCCGAACCCAUCAAACUAGACAAGAACGACCGAGUGAAGGCUUCUGCGGAAAGCUGCAGCUGCUGAGGGAAGAGGGAGGGGUUGAGCACAGUCCUUCACAAACGAAUAUCACACUUAGGCCUUCAAACACACACAGCCCCUCUUCUGUGUUUAAAAACAAAAUUUAAAAAAAAAAAUUCCAUCUCCAGCUGCCAAAAUCCACCCAUCUCCCAUGAGCAUCUGAGAGCCCAGCACUUCAGAGCUCACAUCCCCGCACCAUCCACAUCACACUUCAUGGUAACAGACCUUUCUCUUAGUUUAAAAUGGAAAUUCUUCUGUAUGUUUGGAACUGAGUCUAAUUCCAGGUGUCCAAUGGAGAGAAACUGUUUACAGGUAAUCUGUGUAACAAGUUACAUACAUUUUUAACUGUCUUGUGUUUUCCCCUGUGAAGGCUGCAACUGGAAAGGCUGAUUACCCAUAGUUCAUUGCAAGCUCAGCACUCAGUCUAACUAGGUUGAGUUUUGUAUGUAUCUCUGUUAAUGCUUGUUACUUUUAACUAAUCAGAUCUUUUUACAGUAUCCAUGUAUUAUGUAAUGCUUCUUUAGGAGAAAUCUUAUAGUACAUGUUAAUAUAUGCAACCAAUUAAAAAAUGUAUAAAUUAGUGUAAAAUUCCUGAAUUACAUGUUCAAGUACCGAAACACAGAUUGUGUAGAAAGUGAGGAGGACACUUGUGAACUGUGGUGUGCUAGCGACACAGAGUCCAGAUAGAGGCAGUAUUCUGUACAGUAGAGAUGAACUAUGUAAGUCGUCUUGUUCUGAGGCCAAGAGGCUUCAUCUUCUGGAAAAUCUGUCUGGCUACCUUGUAUCUAAAUUCUCAGAUUUGCAUAACAGCGUUGACAUGCACACUGGAUUAUUGGGUUUAAAAUUAAAUACAGCUAUGAAACGACCUCACUGUUCACCUCCCCUCCUGCUUAACUCCUACUGUCCUGGAGCGAGUGUGAGAAGGAGCCAGAGCUGGGGUGCUGCAGUGGCUCUCUGUGCUGUGGAAGGAGCUCCUCUCCCACCUGGGUUGUGGUAGCUGUUUCUGAACGAAUGACCUGGACUAUGGAUCUUCCCUUUCUUCUUACUGACUGCUAAUCUGGAUUUUUUGGUAUGGGGAAAAACUUGGCAGUCUAGUCCCUUUUCUCUCUCUUCCUUUCUUCCUGGUAUUUGUUCUUGCGUUUGUAGCUUGCUUAAAUGGAGCCCUUCUACCUGUUUUCCAGAGGUCUACAUUCUAGUACGUAGGCUGAGCUCUUAUGUAAAGAGACAAACAUGAUGCCAAUAAACUAAACAAGAACAAA